CGAUUCCCACUGCAGCCCCUUUUGCUGUGUCACUUGAGUGAUCACCUACUCCUGCAUACAACUGCUCUUGAAACGCCGAUGACAAAAUUUCAAGGUUGGACUGGCGUUGCCUCUGCCACUGUCGCGAUUGAUCCUAAGUUGUUGCAGUGGCAAAACAGCUGUGCCUCGCGUGCGUGUGAGGGCCAAGCCGAAACACUCCCGUACUUGUACUAUUUGAUCUACAGGCACAUGUUCCACUUUGCAACUCACCAGCUGACAAACGCCACGGGGACCCCAACAUUUGGAUGGUGGCGGUGCCAAGGAAGUUUCCGAUUGAAUUCUAACGCGUACUUUGCUUCAUGCCGCGCGAGCUUGUGACAGUUCAGUUAGGCCAAUGUGGCAACCAGAUUGGCUCCGUGUUCUGGCAGCGACUAUGCGCUGAACACGGCAUAAGUCCAGAUGGGAUUCUCGAGGACUGGGCAACUGAAGGAGGCGAUCGCAAGGAUGUUUUUUUCUACCAAGCUGAUGAUGAGCAUUACAUACCCCGAGCUAUUAUGGUCGACUUGGAACCUCGUGUAAUUCAAAGUAUUCUUACGGGUUCUCAUGCGAAUCUUUACAACCAAGAGAACAUAUAUGUGUCGAAGGGGGGAGGCGGUGCGGGGAAUAAUUGGGCCCAAGGGUACUCUGCGGGUCAGAAUACGUUCGAGGACUUGCUGGAGAUGAUAGAGCGAGAAGCAGAAGGAAGCGACUCGCUCGAGGGUUUUAUGAUCAUGCAUUCUAUCGCGGGAGGCACAGGCUCCGGGCUCGGUUCCUUCCUUCUUGAGCGUCUGAACGACCGUUUCCCCAAGAAACUGAUCCAAACGUAUUCCGUGUUCCCAAACUCACAAGAAUCUGAAGUUGUUGUUCAACCAUAUAACUCAAUUUUGACACUGAAACGACUCGUGAAUCAUGUUGAUUCGGUAGUUGUUAUCGACAAUAGUGCCCUGAUGCGAAUAACGGCAGAUCGAAUGCAACUCGUGGAGCAGACUCCGAGGGCGCAGCAGACAAGUUCACCCAAGGAAACCGAAAAGUUUCACCAGGCGAACCAGCUUAUGGCUACUGUCAUGGCGGCCAGUACUCAAACCCUAAGAUACCCCGGAUACAUGAACAAUGAUCUCGUUGGAGUCAUCGCCUCUCUCAUUCCCACUCCUCGAUGUCACUUCCUAAUGACCAGUUACACCCCCUUCACUAGUGAUACUGUGGACAAGUCGAAAUCGGUACGAAAGACAACAGUCCUGGACGUGAUGAGGCGGCUUCUUCAACCAAAAAAUCGAAUGGUUUCGACAAUGGGUAGCAAGUCAUCUUGCUAUGUAUCCAUCUUGAACGUCAUUCAAGGGGAUGUGGAUCCUACUGAUGUGCACCAAUCGUUGCUUCGAAUACGUGAACGUCAACUCGCGACAUUUAUCCCAUGGGGGCCCGCAUCCAUCCAGGUAGCGCUCACACGGAGAUCGCCAUACGUCGCUACAACACAUCGUGUGAGCGGUCUUAUGCUUGCGAAUCAUACGUGUAUGGGUUCUAUGUUUCGAAGGGCGCUUGAUCAGUUCGAUAAGCUAAAGAGGAAGAAUGCCUUCAUGGAUCAAUACAAGAAAGAGGAGAUGUUUUCCAACGGUCUUGGUGAAUUCGACGACUCGCGUGACGUUGUGCAAGAAGUUAUGGACGAAUACAAAGCUUGCGAGAGUCCUGAUUACAUCUCAUAUGUGAGCAGCGAUUACCCUGCACUUUUGCCAUUUGACUGACGCUAAUUUGCAGGGACCGGCAGAAACUGAGGCAGCAGCUUGAACG